AGCGUCUACGCGCGAAGGACGCACGCCGGCAUUGUUGUGCACUCCGUGCGUCUCGGGAGGAGGAACGCCCUCCUGCGAACGAAUAAGAGCCGCAUCUGCUGCCGCGUUGACGGGCGGUGGGAAGUACCGCGAUUUACACGAUGACUUCGUCUUCUCGCGGAAGUUUACAACAGACCCUGAAUGCAGCAGCACGGGGACCAGAGGGGGGCGGGGCCUCCAGACAGCCGACAGCGCAGGACGAUGAGCUGCAGCAGAGGAGAGUGUUUGGGAAGAACUUCUUCGUCCACCUGGCGGGAAAGACCAACGGCGCUCAUGGAGACGUCGUCAAUUAUCUGAAAAGGAUCGGCAAAGUCCAGGUGGAGUCCUACGCAGAGAGCGACUUCCUGAUGGUCUUCUGUCCCGUGGUUUCACGAGUCGGAACCGACAUCGAAGCGGCCCUGAGCGACAACUCGGUGCUGACGGAUGGCAAACCGGCGGUUCUGGUGGUGAUGCAUCACACGUUCGAUCCCCGUCACGUGGUGGCGGAGAGCAGGAGGCAGGUGAACGACACGAGGGUGUGGCUCACCGUGGACUGCCUGUUCUACCAGAACAACCUCCUGUCCUGCUCACGCAACGACAUCAUGCAGAAGCAGGUCGCCGACUUCCUGGGAUCGUCUUCCGGUUCACUGGUUCCUUUCUGGAAGAAUACCACAUUCCUUGUGGUGGCAGGAGCUGUUUGUUUAGUGGGGGUGCUGUUGGUGGUGCUUAUAACUCAAUUGCUUAAGAAAUAGAAGAACAAUUUCCAAGAGGACCGCCGCUGACACGCUGGAGAUGAAUUAGUCUCUCACCGAUAACAGAAGGCAUCUUUAAAUAAUAUUACUGUGUUUUGGCUGAAGCGUUUGAUCAAUACUAUUUUUUCUGAGGCACAAUACUUGGGAAAAUGAAGGAAGAAUAAAGCAAGAUACAGAAGAAGAGAGUCAUCAUGUUGGCUGUAAUUAUUCCAAACUGAUUUUACCUUAAUUGUUGGGUGUGAAACUGUUACUUUACAACCCUGAUUGUUGCACGUUCAUGUUUAAAUGUGUCUUGUAGAGUCGUGUGUCAUCAAAUCUUACGUUUCAGAGUCAAAACGUCCUGUUAAUGAAUCAUCACAUAUGAAGAUUAUGUGUUGUUCCUUCAUGAAGAAUGAAUAAAGUGGUUGCAUCCCGUUA